UUGAAGAAAUUUCACUGCUUUCUCUAAGGUUUUUAAAAAUUAACUCUCCUUAGCAAAACCCUUACUGCUAAAUAAAUGCAACAAGGCAAGAAGUAUGCAGUACGUGUAGACUCAGGGAUUUCAAAUUCCUCGUAGAGACUGCAGUUGUAUACCCUCUACCUGACAGCCAUUUAAAGUAGAGAUAAUUUUAAGAUCUGCUACUGAAUUGAUACAUAGAUAAGAAGGAUGCUGAAGAAAUCCUUGCAAAGAAUGUUUCUAAAACUGACGCUAAUACAGUCUCAGACUCCGUAAGACUGAAUUCCAGGAUAGGAAUCCACAUUUACUGUAUAAACUCACUCUUAAAUGUUUAAAAACAAACCCAAAAUAUGGGGAGGGAGCAAAAGGAACACUUCUAUGCUGGAUUUCCUUGAUUUUUCAUGCUGGCUUCACUUUCAUUUUUUUGAGUAUCAGUUGAAAAUCUUUGGGCUCAGUUAGGUUAGUAACAUGAACUUGCUACUUAAGGAUUGUUUCAUAGUGAUAUGAUGUAAGCCAUGAAAGAGAUGCUACCUUAAAAAAAGUAAAAUCUUCAUCAGACUGAGUGUAACAUCACUUUCUGCUGUGGUCUCUGUAGUUAUGGAGAAGUCAUUUGUCACCUCCACGCUCAUCAUGUUCAGAAACAGCAUGCUCCCCUUGGUUGCAUAGGUUCCUGCCUUUGCUCACAAACAUGAAACAAAUAUGUGGCCGUUGCAAGAUAGAGACAGGUGUCAGCUGCCAAAGUUUACCACAGUGUUGUAUUGGACACCAUGUAGUCCUUCAGCUUGUCCUCAUGCUCAGCAUUGGUUUUCAUGUCGUAGGCAAUCCUAGCGGGGAGCGCUGUGGGAAGACUUGUUUGGAAGAACGAGAUCAUCAGUGGCUGGGUGUCAGCUUAUCAAGGCAGCCCAGAGAAAACGGAUCUUUUGUCGCUUGUGGACAUAGGUGGAAAAAUAUCUUUUACAUAAAAAAUGAACACAAACUCCCAUACGGUAUUUGUUUUGCUGUCUCUUCUGAUUUUCGAACUGAGCUGAGCAGAAGAAUAUGCCCAUGUUAUAUAGACCAUGUACGAAAGUUUGGAGAGAAUCAUGGGUCAUGCCAGGCUGGAAUGUCUAGCUUUUACAUGGAGGUUUGUAUUGAAGACACCAAACAUCUAGUGUGUGUGUGUGUGUGUGUACACAUAAGUGUAUAA